CCAAUUAGCAAUGGCGAAGUGUCUCGCCGUCGCCCUCCUGCUACUGGUGGUGCUCGCGUACUGCGACGGGAGGGAGCUGAACGGCAAGGAACAGACACUUGCAGCGACACGCGGUGCCGGUGCCGGCGUCGGCGAGGCGAAGGUUUUGGGGUUGCCAGACCUGCCGCUUCUGGGCACCGCUACUGGUACCAGCACCAUUACCGGCCCGCUGGUGGUGAUUCCUGGGAUUCCCGCCAUUGGUCCAUGA